AUGCUCUUUAGUCGCUCAUUUACAUUGGCAUUUGCUGCCUCGGCAUUUGCCAGUCUUCCAGGAUUUGGGUCUUCCGAUGGGUUCGUCAAGAUGGAGUUCGACAUCCUCAAAGAUCUUGGACUCUCCACUUCACUCAAUGAUUUCAUUACAAGCUUGUUGCCGGAAAAUCUUUCAGCCAGAGACAAUAGCGGCAGCGCACCAUUGAUAAACGAACGUACAUUUUACGUUUCCAAACUUAGCAUUGGAAACCCAGCUUCCGAGGUGGAGGUUCUCCUCGAUACAGGCUCUUCUGAUCUUUGGGUGAUGUCUUCUAGAAACCCACAAUGUAAGGAUAAUGGCGGAAGUAUCGACUGCGAGCAGUAUGGUACUUACAACGAAACGGCUUCUACCACGUUCAAGAACAACCACACCAACUUCUAUAUCCAAUACCUUGACAAAACCUACGCCAAUGGUACGUGGGGUACCGAUCAAAUUGCCUUGACGGACUCGUUGAAGCUUAAAGAUGCCAGUUUUGCAGUUGCUGAAGAUUCCGACUCGAACGUGGGAGUGUUUGGAAUUGGCUUUAUCGAACUUGAAAGUGGACUGGAAAAGUAUAUCAAUGUUCCUGCCUUGAUGAAGCAACAAGGACUCAUCAAUAAAGUUGCCUAUUCGUUGUACUUGGGCAGCAUGGAAUCAAACAAAGGAAACAUCUUGUUCGGAGGUGUUGACCAUGCAAAAUAUAGUGGAGACCUUAAGGAAAUUGAUAUUUCUCUGCAAGAUGGUAAGUACCCAUAUUUGCAGAUUCCAUUGACUCAAAUUUCUGUUCAAAAGGAAUCUUCUUCCAGCAAGGCAUUCGAUGCAAAAGAUUCAAAAUUUUCCCAGUCUUUUUCAACAAGAGAUCUGGAGAUAACCAGUCCAUCAACACCAACAGUGCACCAGCUUUACUUGACUCUGGUACUACUUUAUCCCUUCUUCCUGACGAUAUCAUGA